UUUCUUUAUUGAUGAAAAUAAAAAUUGGAGAAAUAAACGAAAUUGUGUAAUAAUUUAGCGAAUCGUACAUCCGUCGGUGGACUGGCUAUAGAUAAGCCAAGUGCACAUUAACUGCAGCUCUGGUCCGUCGUCUAUGCAUUCGUUUCAUUCAUGGCCUCUCGGCGUUGGCACAAGUGGAAAUCAUAUAAAAUCAAAUGCAGUUUCGGGUUUAAGCACAUUCGCUUUGUUACACAAUCGGCAUCAAGGUCGCUUUUGCAGCAAGAGGAAAUAUACAGAGAUAUCAAGGAACAGCAAUCCCUUUAGGCGCUCACCAAACAUAAGAAUUAGUAUAAAGGAGUCUACCGUUACCAACAUACAAAAAGGAAUUGAAUAUGACAAACACCGUUGGAAGCUUGCUGCGGCAACUGCUACUUGCUGUAGCAACAGCAACAUUACUGUCAAUUGUCUGCAGCUCUACAGCCACAUCGACUUCAUCAAAGGCCGGAGGGCACGGGCGUACACCGGAAAUGCACACUGGCCAUGCCCAGAAAAACAUGGCCCAUGUCUAUGCAAAUCAUGUGGGACAUCAGCAGCAACAACAACAACAACAGCAAUCCACACAGCAGCAACAUUACGACAUUCAUUACAAACGAAAUAGCAGCAGCGACAGCAAUCAUAACGGCAUUGCUGCGCUCACAGGCGCCGAGACGGCAGCGCUAGAUAAAGAUAGAAAAACACAACGUCGAAGUUACAAUGGAUUUAGCGGAGGUAGCAGUGGUGCGGGCGGUGUUGGUGCACAUAAUGUCGGUGGCAGCAGUAGUUACAACUUUGGGGCAGCAAAGCUUAAUGGUCUCACAAAUCUUUCGGGUUUGCGGCACAUUAGUAGCGGUUUCGGCGGUAGCUGGAGCACAUCGGGACAUGGAGGAUCGGGCGCGGCGGGUGGUGCAACUACAACCACCGUUGUGGCAAAACAACACAUACCAAUUUAUGAAGAACAGCAAGAAAAUAAUUAUGGCGCCGCCACAUUGGGUGCAUCCGGCGCAGCAGGACACGCUGUUGAGGAAAACAGUCAACACGGCGGCAGCGGUAGCAACGGUUGGAGCAGUAGCAGUUUUAAUUCGGGCCAUUCUAGUGGCAAAGAUGCGCUUAGUACAGCGCUUUACAAUUUACACUCAGCUGGUACGCACAAUGGCUUCCUGCCUUCGGCCUUCGCUGGCAAAUACUCAUCAUCGGCAGCAGGCACCACAGCAUACGCGGGCACACCUACAUACCAACAAAGUCAACAGUUGCAUCAGCCAAACGAUAAAAUCUCCGAUGGCAAUUUUCUGCAUCGUUACGGGCAAAAUUCCGGCGGUUACGAUGAACUUUCCACCUCUGCCACAUUCGCACAUCAGCAACAACAAGCGCCAAUACCAUCGGCAAUGCAGUACUUCAUGCCGCUCGACAGUUACGCUUCCAUGCACGCGGGCGCGGACUCGGCAACUUCAUCUGCAACUGCAACGGACGCGGAUAUCUCAUUUGGACAGCAUCAUAGCGGCGGUGAUAGCGGGGACGUGGAGGUCGAAGAUGAUGAGGCGGGCGGCAAGGGUCCCUCUUACGAUGACUCCACUAAUUAUCUACCCGAACAACAUGAUGAUGGUGCAUCGCAGCCCCAUGUCAUCAACUACAUUCCCUAUAAGGUGGUGAAAAAAGUACAUGUCCCCGUGCGUGAACCCGUUCAAAUACCAAUCUCGCAUGCGGUUAUCGUACCCGUCAGCAAACCAGUACCCAUACACGUACCCGUCACUAAACAUGUAGCAGUGCCCGUUGAGAAAGAGUUGAGAGUCCCUGUGGAGCGCGUGGUUCCAUAUCCGGUCGAAAAGCCUGUGCCAGUGCCCGUGGAAAAGCGUGUACCAUUUACAGUAUAUAAAUAUGUACCAGUAAGGGUACCGCAUCCAUUCCCUGUCAAGGUGCCCGUUUUCAAAACCAUUUUGCACAAGGUAAAGGGUGGCAUGUGGUGAGAAUACCUUCGUUCGCAUUUAAUUAGUACUCGUACUUAUUUGUGAGUAUGCACAAUAACCACAUUCUUAAAAAAGUAUAUAUUAAAUAUUAUACAUUAAUCGACAAGACUGUUAUUCAACAUGUUUAACUUAAGUAUACACACAUACAUGGCUAUUUGAUAUAAGUCUUUAACAUUUUUCGAACGAAAAGAACUAUAUUUAUUAAACGAGCAUUACUCACGAUAAUUAUUUACAUAUUUAUAUUUCACAUUGCAACAAAUAACUCAAAAUUUACUUGGUUUGUAAACUUUUUAUUUUUAUAAUUUGUUAUACUUAAUAUGCUAA